CGCGGCGCCGCCGCCGCGCCAACACGCAGCAUGGCGUCCGUCGCCGCGUGGCUGCCCUUUGCCCGCGCCGCCGCCAUCGGCUGGGUACCGAUCGCUACUCACCCGCUACCACCCCCACCAGUCCCAAAAGACCGCCGUCGAGCAGAAGACGAGAAACUUCUCAUAAACGUAUCAGGCCGUCGCUUCGAGACCUGGCGAAACACACUCGAGAAAUACCCCGACUCCCUCCUCGGAUCAACCGAACGAGAGUUCUUCUACGAUGAGGACAGUCAUGAGUACUUCUUCGACCGGGAUCCAGACAUUUUCAGACACAUACUCAAUUACUACAGAACUGGCAAGCUUCAUUACCCAAAACACGAAUGCUUGACGGGUUACGAUGAGGAGCUUGCGUUCUUUGGUAUUCUACCUGACGUUAUCGGGGACUGUUGUUAUGAGGACUAUAGGGAUAGAAAGCGGGAGAAUGCGGAAAGGCUUAUGGACGAUAAGCUUAGUGAAGCUGGGGACCAGAGUCUGCCCCAGCUAACGGACUUGAGGCAGAAGAUGUGGAGGGCGUUCGAGAACCCUCACACUUCUACUGCUGCGUUAGUAUUCUACUAUGUAACUGGAUUUUUCAUCGCAGUUUCUGUGAUGGCUAAUGUGGUUGAGACAGUCCCAUGUGGACAUCGUCCCGGGCGAGCUGGUACGCUGCCCUGCGGAGAGAGAUACAAGAUAGUUUUCUUUUGUCUGGACACAGCUUGCGUGAUGAUUUUCACGGCAGAGUACUUGCUUCGGCUUUUUGCUGCUCCGGAUCGUUGCAAAUUCGUGCGGUCAGUCAUGUCGAUCAUUGACGUGGUGGCUAUCUUGCCAUACUACAUUGGUCUGGGGAUCACAGACAACGAUGAUGUGUCAGGCGCGUUCGUCACUCUUCGAGUGUUCAGGGUGUUCCGAAUCUUUAAAUUUUCGCGGCACUCGCAAGGGUUGCGAAUUCUCGGAUAUACCCUAAAGUCUUGUGCGAGCGAGCUUGGAUUUCUGGUCUUCUCACUGGCCAUGGCGAUCAUCAUUUUUGCUACUGUCAUGUUCUACGCCGAGAAGAACGAGCAAGAUACUAACUUCACAUCCAUUCCUGCUGCCUUCUGGUACACCAUUGUCACCAUGACCACAUUGGGGUACGGUGACAUGGUACCCGGUACAAUAGCGGGCAAGAUCGUAGGCGGUGUUUGCUCGCUAUCUGGAGUGCUGGUGAUCGCUCUGCCCGUGCCUGUCAUCGUCUCCAACUUCUCGAGGAUUUACCAUCAGAACCAGCGAGCUGACAAACGAAAGGCUCAAAGGAAAGCUCGUCUCGCUCGCAUUCGCAUAGCAAAAGCAUCUUCAGGCGCAGCUUUCGUAAACAAGAAAAAAGCCGCAGAGGCUCGCAUUGCGGCGCAGGAAUCGGGCGUAGAGCUGGACAACGAUGGAAGGGAUGAAGACAUCUUCGAAUUGCAGCAUCACCAUCUACUCAGGUGUUUGGAGAAGACUACGGACCGCGAGUUCGUAGAGAUGGAGAAUCCCUUCAACGGUGCAGCGAAGCGGCCAGGGUCACCGUCACCGCUGGCGUCGCCUGCGCACUCGAGUCGUGCGCCCGCGCUGCUCGCCUGUUGCGCGCGAUGCGGGUGCUGCCCGCAAAAAUAUCAGGUCCUGCUAUUAGACUCGAGUAGAAAAGGGCGCAUGCGUGGCGUCCGGCGGUACACGGCGACGUCGCGGCCGUCAGACACGUCGGUUUCGGCCGCGGCCAGUGAAGACCCGCUACCCCAAGCGUGCGGUAAAUACAUUCCUGCUGGGAGCACGGUCCAGGGUAACCAGACUGGUGUGGCGAUGGAUGGAACAUAUUUAGUUGAAGCAUCUUUCUAGGGUCCAUCUACUAGUACUCUUAUGGAAACCUAUGUGUAACCAUAAGAAUGGACUCUUGGGGUGCAAUGAGACAAAGUGAAAUUCAAACAGACGA